UUCUCUGCUUGAGAAAGGAGAUGGCUUCUUUCGCGAUUGAGGACUUUAUUGGAAAUGGAUCGCUGCAGGGACUUCUUCCAAAGCUGUUGGAGGAAGGGUGGGAUGAUGUACCAACAUUGAAGAUUAUGAAUGCAGACGAUAUGAACGAGUUGAACAUGACUCAACGGCAAAAGGAUGCACUGGAAAUAAGGUCAUACCUGCAUGACCAUGCACUGAUGCAAUAUGCAGAUAAGCUUGAGGAGUCCGGGAAUUCCCUUUCUGAGCUUCUUAACUUGAGCACAGUAGAUCUUACUGCAAAGUAUGGAAUGAAAAGGGGCCAUGUUGCCCGUUUUACAGACAGAACUACAGCUCGCGGGGAAGAUUCUUUGCCAGAAGCCAACGAUCUCCAAGUGAUGAGAAGAAGUGCCUCAAGGAAUGAGAGUCUUUACAGGAGAGAGAUUUCUGCUGUCAACUCCAGGAAGCAGAGUAUGACAAGAUCCCUUAGGAGAACCAAUACAGCUAAUGAUGUAUCCCUUGAACAAUCAUUGGCUGAUUUCAAAAUUAAAGAUGGACAUGUUUUUAAGGGAAUUGUAGCUUCAAUGCCAGAUGAGCCUAGAGCAUGCGGCUGUGUGCAGGCCACCCCAGUAGUUGAGAAUGUUGCUCCUUAUUCUACCAUUGAGAAUAUCCCAGUUCAGAAACUAACGCCAGAGUACAAGAUUGGAAUGGAGCGUUCGGUGAAAACAAAGACUCCACCACUGAAGGCUUCAGAGCUCUGGCGUGAUAAACCAGCAGUGAUUCUAUGCAUUCGCCGCCCUGGGUGCAUUAUGUGCAGAGCUGAAGCCCACCAACUUUAUGCAAAGAAACCAAUAUUUGACGCAUUGGGGGUUCAAUUAUUUGCUGUUCUUCAUGAGCAAAUAGAAUCAGAGUUAAAGGAUUUCUGGCCACGAUACUGGGGUGGCGUAGUCCUCUUUGACAAAAGCAUGGCAUUUUAUAAAGCUCUGGGAGGAGGAAAUCUGCUAAAAGACAGGUUCAUAUCAGGCUUUCUAUUUAAUCCUCGAGCUAUUGCAAAUUAUAAGAGAGCGAAAGCCAUGGGGGUGGAGCAGAACUUCAGGGGUGAAGGUGAGAUAAAAGGAGGACUUUUCAUUGUCGGCAAAGGAAAGAGUGGAGUUGCUUAUCAAUUUAUUGAGAGGAAUUUUGGAGACUGGGCACCCCUUGCUGAAGUUUUUGAGAUUUGUCACCGCUUGCAGAAUCCACCGGAAAGUCAGUCAGAGUUGCUCCCAUCAUUACAACAACGGGAUUAGAUAUGGUUAUUGCUUCUAUGGAAUAAGCCCUUGUUUGAAUCUCAAGCUGAAAGAAGCUAUAUCUCUUUCAAACUUUAAAUUUUAUGUUUCAUUAUCACAGCUUUUUUGUUGUAUGUAUAACUACCCACAGUAAAUUCCUUGAUGAUACUGAAAUCGUAUUGGUGUUAGAAUCUA